AUGAGAUAUGGAAUGAAAAAGAGAAAAGAAGUUUAUGAGGAACCUAUAAAGAAAAAGGUGAAAAGUAGUAGGAGCCAUACUAUUAUUCAAGUUGAGAAAAGUGUUCAGACUGUCAUUAAAACUGAGGAUGAUGAUCAGCUUGAGACAAAAACAAAGGUGAGGAAAAAGGAAAAUUUAAAAGAAGAUGAAUGUUUAGACCAAUUAGAACUGAAGAAGAAGAAAAACAAGAAAAAGAAAGUUGACUCUGAGUUGCUGAGAGAAGCACAUUCAGAAAGCUUUGUGAAUCUAGGCAGCCAUCUGGAUUCAGAAGCUCAAGAAGAAUCAGAGGAACAAAUUAAAAUUCUCAAAAAGAAGAAAAAAAAAGUGCAAUGUCAUUCCUCCUUGUCAUUGGAGAAUAAUCAGAGUAGUGAUGUGGGGCUUUCAAAUCGUCAUACAGAUGGUCCUAAGGAAAAUGAAUUUGCUUUUAAAAAAAGCAGAAAGAAUACUGCUUUGAAUUUGGAAUUGGAUGGUGAAGUAACUAAGAAAAAAAAGAAGAAAGGCAUUUUUUCUUUUCCGUUAGAGGACAUCCAGGACAGUGAACAUAAAGAGUCUGAAAAAGUUCAUAAAAAAGCACACAAAUACAUUUCACAAGAAAAAACUUUUACUGGUGAAAACCAUGGAGCAGAUACUAUCCUGAAUGAUGGGGAGAGUUAUGUGAGAAGAAAGAAGAGAAAGAAGAAGAAAGAUAAGUCUGACUGCUCCCUACCACUGGCAGAGAAUCAGGAUAAUGUCUGUGGAGUUCCUGAUAGCCCCAUUGCAUUAAGUGACUUCAGAAAAAGGCAAAGAAAAAAUUCCCAGGAAAUUACAUUCACAAAUAGAGAGGAAGAGGACACUGAGGACACUGCUAACUCUGGCAGGAUCAGAGAGACCAAGAGGAAGAAGAAAAGCAAAGCUGUUUCUUCCUUAAUAUGUGAGGAUGAUCAAGGCUACAGUCACAGAGUUCCUGGUAAGCAUCUCCCCGCAGAGCAAGAAGCUGAGUCUGGGGAAAAAGAGCUUUCUAGAAAAACAGGCAGGAAGAAUAUUAAGGAUAAUAAUGAAGUACUCAAGAAUAAAAAGAAAAAGAAGAUUCAGAAAGAGGAGGAGGAAGCAACAUACUCAAAAGUUUUAAGCAAUGACAGUGUAUCUAAAAGCCAAAAAAUAACGCUACUAGAAAGCAAUAAAAAGAAGAAAGAGUGUGAAAUGCAGCAAGCUGAAUGUGUCACAGGGGACGCUGUAGAUAGGGUAUUAUUCAACAGUAAUCACACGCUCUGUGACAGAAAAAGGAAAAAAAGAAAAAAAGAAGUACCACAGAACGUUGCUGAAGAACCAGGUUCAAAAGCAAAUACAAAAAAGAAAAAGAUUAAGAGAGAAGACAUGGGAAAUGAGGCACUGGAACAUGGGGAUGAUGUAACUAUUGUGCAGGAAAAAAAAGGAAACUGUGAUGAAGUUAACAUAGACAAGGUGAGGCGACAGGCUCUGCAAGAAGAAAUCGAUAGAGAAUCUGGCAAAACUAAGGUUUUCAGUCCCAAAAUGGAACUGGAUACAAAGUUCGGCCAGUGGAGUACAGCUGCUUUUCAAAGUUCUGAGAAAGAAAUGAAGUUUUUUAGAUUGAUGGGUGGCUUUAAAAAGGGCUCUGUGCCUAUCCAGAAUCUGUCAGCAGCUACAAACAAACCGAACAUGGCUCUGAACAGGGAGGGGGAGGAGAAGUUACAGCAGGCUCUGAAGAUGGAAUUCGAUAAGGCAAUGGACUUCAAGCAGCACAGAGGAAUUGGUCUUGGAUAUCAACCUGCUGCCAACAAAAAAGUAUACAUAGACAAAUACACAUCUAGAUCUAUAAAAUUUGAAGAUUAA